AAAACCCUAUUCAUUUAGCAUUUCACUAAUAACGUAAGGGAUAUAAGAAUCACCACCUUCACUUCGAACAGGAUAGAUCUUUCAGUCAAUUCUGGCUCCGGAUGACUCGAGAGUCAUCAGUAAUCUAUUAGCAUAUGUCGGGAACGAAUAAUCGUAGGCCUUCAGAGUCAGAGAUGCUGCAGUCAAUAGUGAAAUAGCGUUUGUUUUUCGACCAUUUAUUUACUUUGUCAACAAGCGAUCCCAGUCGCAAUACCACAGAUUUUAUCUAAACUGAAAAUGUCUCGUCCGGGUUGCCCGCGAUUGUCUCUCACCGACCGUUGACCUCCUCGCAAAGGCGAAACAGGACUAGCAGCCACAGCUUCGGUAUUGAAAGCUCCAUGCCGAACCGAAAGAAGGCGAUAGAAAAAGGAAAUAGCUUACAAAUAACGAUGCUGAUAUUGACACAGAAUAAAAUGGCGAAUAUUGAACUUUACUAACGUCUUCAGUCCACUAAUUUCUUUCGUGUCUUCAUGCAACCCCUUUCUUAAAAUCGCUGAGCGAUAUCAGUGGUGACACGGCUGUGCUAAUGACGUUCUCUGCGAACGAUGUUUUCGAACGAUUCGUGUACCGUUUGACUGUGGGCAAUUUUCGACAAAUCAGCAAAUAAAAUAGGCUGCCCCUUUGUCUGGAGUGGCUUUUCAUACUGUGUCAUACUAUUAGAAUAAGUUUUCCAACAGUUUUGCUUGUAUUUUUGAAGGGCGCUCGAAACAAGAAAUGUCUUUUUUAUUGUUUGGUAACCUCAUCAAGAGGGCUAACUUUUAGCGGCAAAUCAACGCUUGCCUGUGCCUGUUAAAGGCUGAAUAAUAACUGUGCAUUAUUUAAUUUUCCGUUCGUGCGCACCUAUGUUUCACGCUACUUUUUUAACACAAAACUAUCGUCGUGUCAUGUGCUCGCCAAUUGCGUUGAUGCUUCCUGGCUGACGCGAAUAACGGUAUCAAGAAACACCGGCUGCUGGGGUUGUCGGUGCCGGGUCUUGUCGAGACCUUGUCCGAUAAGCUGGGCUCUAAGAUUAGAAAUGAGCAGUUUUCGUGCGUCAUGUCUGUAAAAUUGCUAUUAUUAGGGUUGCUGUUGCUUCAGCGGCUGUGGCGACUGGAUACCAUUAUGAAACGAUCAUGUGUGAAGGAUAGCCUAAGUAUUGGCUCGUUGUUAUUAUACAGCUUCUGUGAACAAAUAAUCCGAAGAGGAUAUUUUCGAAUUGUAUCGAUGGCGGGCUUUUUGAACGGGUCGUCUGCGAAAUGGAAAUUGUCUGUUUUGAUUAUAGAUUGGUCGAUUAUAGAAAACAAAUAUACUGUAGCAGACAGCGAGCGUAUCAGUUCGUCAUCGAGACAUGGAAAGUAAAAACAGUAACAGCAUAAUCUUGCAUAGGGGGUUCGGCGACACAAAUUUAAUCAAUCGCAACCAAUGAAAAUACUGCGGAUACGCGCAAAAACCACACCGCCAUAUAGGCAAUGUACAUACAUAUGUAUAUAUAAUAAAAGAUUUGAUGCAAACUAUGUAUACUAUUAAUGCCUUGUAUACAGUAGGAGUAUUUGAAAAACAGAUUUUGACGAUGGUUGAUUUUCCGUUAGCUCGCUUAACUAUGGACGGACGUAAAUUUAUUCCGUUAUAGCCGGCAACGUUACUUUCAUUAAAUCUUAGUCGAGUCUAACGAUUAAAUAUGUAUAUCUUCUAAUUCGGACAAGUGAUAUAUAAAUCGCUCAAAUCAAGCCUGCAGGACGAAAGGAACUUUGCUAAUCACUGGAAUAUGAAAUGUAAUGAAAAUAUUUUUUAUAUUUGUAAACUAGGAUAGACUAAUCAACAACACCGGAUCCGUUUUUCAAGGCGAGCGUUUGAUUCAGUAUGGAACUAGACAUUUCAAAAUGGUUGUUAAUAAUGAGUCACCGGUGUUUCAUAAUUCAUAGCUGGUUGAUGAGUACUAGGUACGUACGCGCUUGAGCUUAGAGAAUAUCCACUGGUAUUGUGCCUUGUCCGGUAAAAGGUGAGCAACAGGUUAGGGUAACUGACCUAGUUCAAAAGUGACCCACAUGAACGAGCUGCCUUGUUCCAAAUGCUCAGAGAUUAGCGUACACGUCUAAAAGAUAAAUAAUGUUCCUCGCCCUAAAGUACCAAAUGAAGCGUCAACACAAACUUUCUCGUGCUAUGUCUUACAUCACAUCUGACAGUUCCUAGUUUUUUUACCUGCGAUUUUCUAAAUUACACCGUGAGCCACCUGCGAAUAAUAGCUCAUCAAGCCAAUGAUGCCUUUCUAUAGCAGUUCUAGUGUUGACUCGUCCAAACAUAUAAACGUCCAUAGAUCAUCACGUUACUCGUCUUCUCUGCUUGAAUUUGCUAUCGACUACGUGUACCACUAUAGCGCGUCAUUAGAAGAUGUCCCAUAUCGAAAUAGUUACUGAUAACCUCAGUAUGAAUGAAUCGAUUUUAUCACCUGAUGAGGUAAUCGACUAGUGUGUGAUUACGUAGCAAUUUGUCAAACAGCGAUAAGACAGUGACAAAACAUAGGGAUAAUCAUAAUAAAAAUAUUCAAAGGGAAUAGUGACUGUUCCACAUGGUGUCGUGAGCAAUGGCGUAGAAAAGAAAUGGUUUAGCAAUUCUGAUUUUCGUCUCCUUUAGUGAUUUUUUGCGUCACAUAUCAGCGCAUUCAUCAUUUCCACUUUGUUCUCCAUGGAUCCUUUUUAUCCGUCUAGUUGUUUUACAUGAUGGCAGUAUAACCGUGCGUUUUUGGUGAAUGAGGCUCUUACAGUUCUUAAGUAUCAAAGUUUAACUUUAUCAAGUAUGCUAGAAAAUGUCUGAAGCUUUUUGCAGCAGACCAUAGUACUGCGAGCAGCCCAACUAGCAGAAAAAGUUCUGCCAGACGAAUACCUACCCAAAUCUUUGUUCUCGGGGCGUGGCAGGUUUCUCAACAAUUGCAUUUUACUCGAAGAUAGAUCGUGUGCACGCACUGGAAGUACUAGCCAACCAGUUAUGUCUAAUAAGUACACGAAGAUAUAUUUUUUUUGUACAGUUAAAACCCAAUCUCGAUCAGAUGUUAAGUUCCUGUCAAUGACAGGACUCGUUCUGUAAUGCCUCACACCAUACGCUCGUUGAAAUAUGCUCGCCAUAGCGCUCACCGACAACAAGCAGUUUGUAUACUGUAAACAAAAUGUUAGGGCAGAAGAGCUAGCGUACUAUAGGGUAAACGAAAAAAACUAAGCACAAAUUGGAGACUAUUCCGUUAGCUUCUUUUACGUCUAUGCGGAAAAAGCUGAAACGGGGCGAAAGUCUCCAUUAAGCUAACCCGUAAAAAAUUCGUCGUUUCGCUAAUCAAAGCAGAAACACGCAAAGUUUCCCAUCGGCAGGAAACAUCAGCUGAACGGUAAAACAAGAGAAAAAAUCGGUGGUGGUCGUUAUCUUUUUGGGAGUGGUUGGAUAUACGCGCCGGUGUCGGUGGUCCAUUGUAUUCCUAUGUAAAUAUGCACUACCUGCUUGUGGGAGCGACCGUACUUCAUGGGGUGUCCUAUGCUCUCGUACCAGUUUGCGGCGAUAUUCGCAUUGCCCAUGUCCUGUUUGCGCUGCAGGGCCUUAGCCUGCGCUUCAGUGAAGCCGGUAGUUACCUUCUGCUUAUGGCCGUACAUAAAUCCCAGUGGAUUUCGACCAUCGUGCAGGGCUAUCAUCUGAUGUUCGCUGUCGGUGCAGGCGUAGGGCCUCUUAUUGCACGACCUUUCAUCAGCGACCGGGCAAGUUUGACAAAUCGAACGAUUUCUUCGAGGAAUCCGUUCUCUUCACCAUUCCCAUCGACACCUGCCCAAUCCAGCGCACUAUACGAGAUCCACAGGAACGCCCCCGUGGUUCCACCAACCCCAGCACCUACUCCCGUACCUACAACAGCGACGGGCCUCGGGGCACCUCUUUCACCGCAUCCUCUUCCUCGACCCAGCAGAGUGUUUAUUCCGUUUGCUAUCCUUGCCUUCUUAACUAUUCUUAUUGCCACGUGUUUCUACCUCGCCCACCGCUGGGCCAAUGGAUCGGGAAAGCCACGUCCACCCACUCGACACUCGCUCCGUGAGUGGGCUCUCACACUUCUGUGCGCCUGUCACGCCUUCCUGUACGUGCACACGUUUGUCUCUGUCCUGGACUUCCUUAGCAUUUACGGUGUACUGAAGGGCAUGACUCGAGCGGACUCGCUGCUUCUUAUUUCUGGUCUGAUGUGGUCUUGCUGCUGUUUCCGCCUGGUGCCUGUUGUUCUGUCGGUGAAGCUAACCCCUGCCAACGUGUUAUUCCUCGCAGAUACCGCCCUUGUUGCCGCAGCCGGCGCCAUGUACGCCGUCGGUCACAAAAGUCACGCACAUCUCUGGUAUUGCAGCGUGCUACUCGGAGCUGCCUUCGCGUCGGUCUACGGUUCUGCUAACGCCUGGCUAAUCUCGAAGGUCCGCUUGAGUUACCUACAAACUUGCGUAGUCGUAUCUGCAGCUGCUCUCGGAGCUGUCUUGCCUUCGCUGCUGGUUGGAAGAUGGAUUGAGGAGCGUCCGGGAAUUUUCCCCGUGGUUCCGUUGGUUUCUGCUGGUCUUCUGGCCUGUAUCAUGGUGGCAAUGCUCUUGGCUGCGCGCGUCAUUCCGAAGGAUAGCGACCAGCUCGACGAAGAGAAAAGUUCGACUACUCAGUUAUCGCACAAAAGCUCCAAGUCGUCCGUCUAUAGUUACUGGGCGUAUGAGUGAACGCCGAUAGAGCGGCAAAAACAUCAAACCGAGACUCAGACGCUAGCUAGGCUUUCGCAAAACCUGAAAAUUGCAUCCGCCCCCUAUAGGCAAUUUUGUCCUAUACGUGCAAUCUGUUAGGCUAUCGAUGCGUUGGACACCUCCAUGUUUUCUGUCCUACACGAAAAAUCAUCGGUCAACGACUUUUCCUUAACCACCACAAGUGCUGAUGACUAACACGACUGAUUGACGAAAAUAAUGCCGAAAAAAAGCUUGCGGGUAACAGAAUUUGUCCACUCUGCAUGCAGUCUUUGCCUAUAGACCUUUACCUAUUGUUAUUUUUUUAGGAAUAUGCUUGCUGGAUCAAAGACGAAUCCAAAGCCCAGAAUGACCGUCGCCUUAAAAGCAGGAUUUAUCGAUCAACCGACAUGCAACUAGGUAGAAUUUUACCAUGAAAAGACACGGAAAAGUGUUAGUUAUUUAGUGGUAGUCGUCGAAUAAGUCAGAUUAACUGUAGAGUAUUUAAUUAAACAUAUCGCACGCUUCCAGCCUAAUUAAGUAAUGCGAGCAACUGUAAAAUUGUCGAGCUAAGCGAAUGUAAAUACAUACACAAAGUAUCUAGAUGGUAGCUCAUCUUCGUUCUAUUUAACACACCAUCGUUAUUUAAGGCUGGCGCUGUACGAAUGUUUUGCUCAAAGCGACCUGCUACUGCUGUUUGAAAUAAUAGUAUCGUCACAAAAUAACGAUAAAAUUGGUCCUUUUCGUUGACAUGUUAAUGUUCAGACGAUUUCGUGGCACAUACUAAGGCGUGUUUCUCAGGCCAGGCGUAUUCAUUAGUGCGCCUUAACGGUAAAAACGUUGGCAUUUACCAACGUUCAACUUUGAUAGAAGACCUCCCCCUAUGAUCGUAUCGGAUUAAUUUUAUCACGUUUAGGACAAAUAAUGUAACAAAACGCAACUGUCAUUUAAUCGAAUAGUUUUUCUGCCUCUCAUAAAAGGGCAAUAUCAUUAAUUAUUAUACUGUACAUCAUGGAAAUCGUGUAAUUCAUAGUUGUUGUUGUUGUUGUUGUAAAAUUAUGCGAAUUAUGCUGCCUUUCGUAUCGAACCGGACGUACUUGAUUUUUGACACGGCGGUGGAUCAACCGUAAAGUAAUUAAUGUACAUAUGGCUUCCGUUCGAAACAAUCAUAUAAAUUUGUCUUCAUCUAGGAAAAAAUAGCGGAUUGAUUUUCCGAUCGUUCCGGAAUCGCUAUCAAUCAUCCAAAAUGGUACAUCUGUUGAUUGUUAUUGCUUUGGUCCUCCGCCAUGUACAACGGUCGUAUAGCUAUUGUUGACUAGAUAGAUCUGAAAUGACUAGAAAUAGUAUUAACUGUUAAUAUAUAGUGAGAAAACAUAGCUACUGGAAAUCUAUGGCAGGCGCCAUAUUGCGAACGUUAACAAUGCACCAACUAACAAUGAGAUAAAAGUACGUCAUAAAAAGUAAGGUUGAACGAACUAAGGUCAAAGUAAAAACGAACUUAUAAUACACGACAGUUAGUCGUGUCUGUAUAACACCAUUGCAGGGAAAAUAAUAAAAGAACCACAAUUCAAUCAACGAGGCUUUA